GGGCAAACUCAGGAUGGAGGGUUGGCCACGCAGGCGCGGGGGGCCUCAUCGGGAACCCCACGCGGGAGCUUCUGGAAUCCCCGGCCGCCUCUUCUCACUUCACUGGAGAAGGGGCUGGGACCGGGAGGGAGCUAGUAAAGAGUGAAUGUGCUGCAGCCGCGGUGGCGGCUGGAGUCAGUCCGAGCGACACCGGAGCAGUGCGCCCGGGAGGCGGCGAGGGGAGGCGGUUCGCCUUGUCCCUCCCAUCCGCCCCUCUUUUUCUCUCUUCCUCCAGCUGGUCCCAGAGCCCAGCUCGGUCCGGUCCCUCUGUCCCCAUCCCGCACUCUUCCACCUCCUCCGAGUCCCACUCCUCACCUAGGGCUCCCCAAACUGCCAUGGGUUAGGGUGGGGGCGGCAAGCCGCGCGAAGGACCAGCCCUGUGCAUCCGCCGGAGGGCGCGGAGCGCGAACGCCGCUCGCCGCGUGCGGGCGCCGGGCAUGGGGAGCGCGGUGUGAGCCCGCACCCAGGGAAGACACAGGAGCUGCGGUGACUGGCGCUAGGAGGAGGCGGAGGAGAGGAGACGAGGAUUGGAAGGACCCGAGGGAGGGAGAAAAAGGAGGGUGGGGAAGCGAAGGGAAAAGUGAAGCUGGGAGGAGAAGGCGGCGGAAGGUGGGGAUUGAUGCUUCUGCUUUUUGUUGCCGCUGCUGCCCUCGCGCUGGGAGCGGAGCCGCAGGAAGGCGGUGGAGAGAUGAUUGCGGAGUUGGUGAGCAGCGCUCUGGGGCUCGCCUUGUAUCUCAACACCCUGAGUGCGGAUUUCUGCUACGAUGACAGCCGUGCUAUCAAGACUAAUCAGGACCUUCUCCCAGAAACUCCAUGGACACACAUUUUCUACAAUGAUUUUUGGGGGACUCUUCUAACCCACAGUGGCAGUCACAAGUCCUACCGGCCACUCUGCACUCUUUCUUUUCGCCUGAACCACGCCAUCGGAGGGCUGAAUCCCUGGAGCUACCAUCUGGUCAACAUCCUGUUGCAUGCAGCUGUCACUGGUCUCUUCACAAGCUUCUCCAAGAUCCUCCUUGGUGAUGGAUACUGGACUUUCAUGGCUGGCUUGAUGUUCGCCUCUCAUCCCAUUCACACGGAGGCAGUGGCAGGAAUCGUGGGACGGGCUGAUGUUGGGGCCAGUCUCUUCUUUCUCCUCUCUUUGCUCUGCUACAUUAAACACUGUUCCACAAGAGGCUACUCAGCCAGGACUUGGGGCUGGUUCCUGGGGACCGGACUGUGUGCAGGAUGCAGCAUGUUGUGGAAAGAACAAGGAGUGACUGUUCUCGCGGUUUCAGCCAUUUAUGAUGUCUUUGUCUUUCACAGGCUGAAAAUGAACCAGAUCUUACCUACCAUUUACAAAAGGAAGAACUUGUCUCUUUUUCUCAGCAUUAGUUUGUUAACUUUCUGGGGAACCUCCCUUUUGGGUGCCCGGUUAUACUGGAUGGGAAACAAACCACCAAGCUUUUCCAACUCUGACAACCCUGCUGCUGAUUCGGAUAGCCUCCUGGCUCGCAUGCUCACCUUCUUCUAUUUGCCAACCAAGAACCUGUGGUUGUUGCUGUGCCCAGAUACACUCAGUUUUGACUGGUCCAUGGAUGCUGUGCCUCUGCUCAAAACCAUUUGUGAUUGGAGAAACCUACACACUGUGGCCUUCUAUACUGGACUCCUUCUCCUGGCCUACUAUGGUUUGAAGAGCCCAAGCUUAGAAGGAGAAUGCAACGGGAAAGCUGUAGCAAAUGGCAAGCCGAAUGCAAAUGGACAUAGCUGCCAUUCAGAUGUGGAGUACCGGAACUCAGAGAUUAAGCUUAGCUUUGCAUCCAAAGUAGAAAAUGGCAUUAAAAAUAAUGUGUCACAAAGAACACAACUCCCUUCUACGGAAAACAUUGUCGUCCUGUCUUUAUCUUUGUUGAUAAUACCCUUUAUUCCUGCCACAAACCUGUUUUUCUAUGUUGGCUUUGUAAUUGCAGAGCGAGUAUUAUAUAUUCCUAGUAUGGGCUUCUGCCUCUUGAUUACAGUGGGUGCCAGAGCCCUUUAUGUCAAAGUCCAAAAGCGGUUUCUCAAGACCUUGAUUUUUUAUGCUACAGCAACAUUAAUUGUUUUCUAUGGACUCAAGACUGCGAUCAGGAAUGGAGACUGGCAGAAUGAGGAAAUGCUAUAUAGGUCAGGGAUAAAAGUAAACCCAGCUAAAGCAUGGGGUAACCUUGGAAAUGUUCUGAAGAGUCAGAGUAAAAUUUCUGAAGCUGAAAACGCCUAUCGAAAUGCUUUGUACUACCGCAGCAACAUGGCUGAUAUGCUUUAUAAUUUAGGGUUACUUCUACAGGAGAACAGCAGGUUUGCAGAAGCACUGCAUUAUUAUAAGUUGGCCAUUGGGAGCAGGCCUACCCUUGCUUCUGCAUAUUUAAACACAGGCAUUAUUCUAAUGAACCAAGGAAAGACAGAAGAAGCCCGGCGUACUUUCCUAAAAUGUUCUGAGAUUCCAGAUGAAAACCUGAAGGACCCUCAUGCACACAAGAGCUCUGUUACCAGCUGUCUGUACAACUUGGGGAAACUCUAUCAUGAGCAAGGACACUAUGAGGAAGCCCUGGGUGUAUAUAAGGAAGCAAUUCAGAAAAUGCCAAGGCAGUUUGCCCCACAGAGCUUGUAUAACAUGAUGGGUGAAGCAUACAUGCGAUUAAGCAAACUCCCUGAAGCAGAGCAUUGGUACAUGGAAUCAUUGAGGUCCAAGACUGACCACAUCCCUGCACAUCUCACCUAUGGGAAGCUGCUAGCUCUCACAGGUCGGAAGAGUGAGGCUGAAAAGUUCUUCUUGAAGGCUAUUGAGCUGGAUCCCACCAAAGGAAACUGUUAUAUGCAUUAUGGUCAGUUUCUUCUGGAAGAAGCUCGCCUCGUAGAAGCAGCUGAGAUGGCAAAAAAGGCAGCUGAGCUAGACAACAAAGAGUUCGAUGUUGUCUUCAAUGCAGCACACAUGCUCAGGCAAGCUAGCCUCAAUGAAGCAGCUGAGAAGUACUAUGAUCUGGCAGCCAGGCUGAGGCCUACUUAUCCAGCUGCUCUGAUGAACCUGGGAGCCAUUCUGCACCUCAAUGGCAGACUCCAGAAGGCAGAGGCCAAUUACCUUCGGGCUCUGCAGCUCAAGCCAGAUGAUGUCAUCACACAGUCCAAUCUCCGAAAACUGUGGAACAUCAUGGAAAAGCAAGGAUUAAAGACUUCCAAGACCUGACACAGGAUGGCCAAACCUCGUCCUCCUCCAUGUUUAAAAGCUGGCUUCAUUAAUAGACAGGCUUUCCCAGCAGUGCAAUGAUAAAAAGCUCAUUUGGGACUUUAAGACCAGGGCAGAAAUCAUUGAGGUCACUGCCACUUCUUGGUGAAUCCACUUUGCAGUUGGCACAGCAGUUAACACCAAAAAGGGGAACAUUGGAAACCUCCUGGAGGAAAUAAUUGUUACCCAUAGACUGUAAACCAGAGCACUUAAAACAGUAUCUUUUGGCAUUCUUAAAAGGGAGGGGGUACCUAAGUUAGAGAUUUUGUUCAUUUUUGAAAGCUAAGUUUGAAAUUACAUUGUUUCUUAAACACUGUGAGAGGAAGUCAGAGUGUCCAUUCAGCCACAGUAAACUCUUAAGGUUAAGUGUUAAUAGGGAGUGAUUAAAUUAUCUUGUGAAUCCCAGUGAGCCACCGGUUGUCCUAACGCUGCUGUCUUCUCUCUUUGGGACAGCCUGCUUAUUCAUUUCUGAUGUUUAGAAAUUUUUUUUAUUUUAAUAUUGUGUCAGCAUCUGUCAGAAUCUGAAGUUGUUUCUCGAUUAGUGCACAUAACAUUUUAUGAUUUGCUUGUCACAGGCUUGAACAUCAUCUGUUUUUCAUGUUCUCAAAAGGAUAUGGAAGGUAGAGCUAACCACACUUCACAGUGGCAUCGUCAGCAGGGCUGGAGAAACCCCAUAUGAAUCAAGCAGACAUUUUUUUAAUUUUAAUGUUGCCAGUAUAUGUUAUCAAACUCCCAGUAGAAUCCAUUGUAUCAAUUCUUUUGAAAUUACAUUUUAAAAUGCAUGUGCUUAUGUAAGGCUAAAAGAAAGGAAAGUUUGUAAGUAUUCCAAUUCCAAUAACUAACUGAUAGUGAUUAGAUAAAAGGAAGAUUUUGGGACUUUCCCCAUGAUGUUGGUUAAAAAAAUCAAGUGUACACAAAGUCUAUGAUGAUGGUUGCCAGUAACUUUGUGCUUUGGAAAAAGUUGCUUUAAAAUGCUAGUCAAUUUCUAAUAGGUACUUAAACAGCAUUUUCAAGAAAUUAUUUUUAUCUCAUUUUUUCUUCCUGAAAGAUGUCAAAAAUGACAUUUUAAACUGCAGUAGAGUAUAACAUUAGUUUUCAUAUGUCUAGGUCUUCUGCCCAAUGCUUUUCCAAUUGAAAACUAUUUUUUACUAGCAAAUUGGGUAUUUUACUUCAAUACCUGGUAUUAACUGCUUCAAUGAUCAUUUCACAAGUAAAAGACUAUAAAUGAAAUACAGGAAAACAUUUAUUUUAUUUUUUUGGCUUGCAUUCAAACUUUGCUACUAGAAAUUAAUUUCAUAAAACACCAGUCCAUUAUCAACUUCUUCACAGAGAAAUUAGCUAAGCUAUACCCUACCUAUUUAUUUAUUUAUUAUCCUAUUAUAGCAGAAUAAAAAGAAAAAGCUCACUUCAUUAAGCCAGUUCUUUGCAACUGAAAAUUAGCUUUCUAUCGUUCCCUUUUGCAACUCCAUGUAUAUAUAAUCAAUUCCAUUGAAGGGAAGCUGGACAUACAAAUACAAUAUAUUAUGUUUCCUUCAUAUUUUACAUGUUGUGUUAUGUAUCUGAAUACAGUGGAUAAAGAAUUUAAAUUAGUGUUCCUAUGGCAUUAGUCUCUUUGUAAGAAAGACAAAUGUAGUGAGAGUUUUUUUAAUGGCAUUAAUAAGAAGGCCCUCCUAUAAUGUGUAUAUUAUUUUGUGAACAUUUCACUCAAGGGCCAGAAGUUAAGUUAUAACUCAAUCACUGUGUUUUCAGAAUGAUAUUUAACAUUUAACAACAACAAACCCAUGGUGAAACCAAACUAGUGGGUUGAAGUGUAUUUUUCAUCUUCUAGUACAUUGGCGAUUACAAAAAAGAAAGGAAUUUAAUAUAAGGCUGUAAAAAUGAAUUUGAUGUCUAACAUUUUUAUUUAUUUAAAUAGUUAUUGACUUAUGAUGACUUCCUAGUCUUAACUGUUUAUGUCUUUUUAUUGUUAAUUGUUCUUCCUUUCCAACAUUUGGUUCUUAAUAGGUUCACUGAAUGCACAUGGAGGCACUUCAUGUGACACAGUUCCCAAGUAGCAUUAAUAAUUGGGCCUGUGUCAUAAAAUGCAUGGAUUUUUAAUAACUAAAUGUCCCUGACACUUUUCACUAUAGGGCUGGAUUUAGUAACUGACCAACUCGGGGGGAGGGUUAAGGGAGGGGGGUGAUAGAACAUGAUCAAAAAAAUGUCUCCGCUCAGGGAUUUAUGGUGGAUUAUUGCAGACAGUGCUAAAAAUAUAGAGCACAAGACAAGUUUACUAAAUUAAAAUUUUAUUUUUUGAGAAACUGUUAUUUGUAUAAAUUAUCAAGAUUUGUAGGCUUUCUUUUGUAGAAAUAAUUGUUUUAUGUGCCAGAGAUUUCAAUUUUGAUUUCAACAAUAAAGCAUUGAUAACAAA